AUGGCGUCGCAACGCAGCGCUGACGCUCAAUACGACGACGACACGGAGCAUAACCCUCACGCCUCUGCCAGUCGAUGGCGCCAUCAAGAAUCUUCAGCAUACCGUCGCCACGCCGGAAAUGGUCACGGUCAAGCUCGCGACCCCGUCUCUACUGAGACGACGACUGGCGACCUGGCUACUUUUUUGAAUGCCUCAAGAGUCGAGCCCACGGGCGACACCAAUGGCGGUGGAAACUUUCAGCCCAUUACUGUUGCGGCAGUGCAAUCCAGCGACCGAGAAGAAGGCAGCGGCGGUGGUGGUAGCAGCACUCCUCCACCAGAUGGCAAGGAGAUUGUCUGCGGGCCAUUGCUCAACUACCGCCGAAUGGAGCAGGAUCGCUGGUAUGGUAGCGUGUUGAUUGUCGCAACGGGUGGUGGAAAGGACAUCCUUUAUCAGCCGUCUCUGGUGUUACGUCGGGCAGACGAAGCGGCAGCAAGGCACCCCGACACUACCUCCGCCGCCGGGGAAGCCCAGUUCCAAGCCCAGCGCCUCUAUUCGGAUCCGAGAAACACGUUUUGGGCGUUCGAAAUUGACGUACCGAUCGAGGCGCGAGAAGUCAGGUACGAGUACGAAAUUCCGGAUGUGCGAUACUCCAGAGACCACAAACCCCGAGUCAAUAACUUCUUCGUACCGGCAGCCGACGAGUCCAUGCGCGUCAUGUUUCACUCGUGCAACGGCUUCAGUGUCGGCACGGACGAGGAAGCAUUCAGCGGCGCCCCUUUAUGGAGGGAUGUGAUGCGAAAGCACGAACGCGCGCCAUUCCAUGUCAUGUUGGGCGGCGGCGAUCAGAUAUACAAUGACGGAAUCAGGGUCAACGGUCCUCUUCGCCCGUGGACCGACAUUCGCAACCCUAAGAAGCGCUCAGAAUAUCCAUUCCCAGAGAAAUUGCGAGCCGAGUGUGACGACUACUACCUGAAGAACUACAUUCGCUGGUACAACUCUGCGCCGUUUGCCCUGGCCAACGGCCAGAUUCCGCAAGUAAAUAUUUGGGAUGAUCACGAUAUCAUCGACGGCUUUGGCUCAUACGUCGACAGCUUUAUGCGCUGCGAUGUGUUUCGAGGAAUUGGUGGCACGGCGCACAAAUAUUAUUUACUGUUCCAGCACCACCUACCGCCACCGCUAUCGACUUACACGUCAGACCACCUCGAUGCCAAUGGCGACAGCCCUGGCCCGGAUCCGAACCAGCUGGUCAACACAUUUGUUGCGGAUCCAAAGCUAGGGGCCCAGUACAUUCGGGGCACCAAGCCGGGUCCGUAUGUUGCUGAGCAUUCGCUCAGCCUGUAUACGCGGCUCGGAGCUCGCAUGGCCAUGUUGGGAAUUGAUGCUCGAACAGAGCGGACUCGUCGCCAAGUCAACUACCCAGAGACGUAUGAGAUCAUUUUUGAAAGACUGCGUCGCGAACUCAGCGAAGCUGUUAGCUCGGGCCGUCCCAUCAAACAUUUGAUUCUUCUGCUUGGUAUUCCCAUUGCAUAUCCGCGCCUCACCUGGCUGGAAAACAUUCUUCGCAGCCCUAUUAUUGGACCCAUCAAGUUCCUGCAUCGUCGAUUUGGUGUCGGCGGCGGUCUGUUCAACCAAUUUGACGGUAGUGUCGAUCUUCUUGACGACUUGGAUGACCACUACACUGCAAAGACACACAAGGUCGAGCGCAGAGGCCUCGUUGAGGGCCUUCAGCAGGUUGCCGCCGAAUUUUCUGUCCGGGUUACAAUCCUUGGUGGAGAUGUACAUCUUGCAGCUCUUGGUCGCUUCUAUUCCAACCCCAAGCUCAAGUUAGCAGCCGAAAAGGACAAUCGAUACAUGGCCAACAUUGUUUCAUCAGCAAUCGUAAACAAACCCCCGCCACAGGCAGUUGCCAAUCUCCUCGCGCGGCGGAACAAGAUUCACCACCUUAAUGGUCAAACGGACGAAACCCUGCUCGACUUGUUUGACAAGGACCCUGGCGAAUCAAACAAGACGGCCGACCACAACCACUGCACCAUGCCGAGCAGAAACUACGCCAUGCUAACCGAGAACUCCCCCAACAAUGUCACAAGAGGCACCAAUGGCGAGGUAUCAGCCGAUGGCGAAGCUCCUGAGGCACAAUCAUUCAUCGGCAAGGAUGGUCACUCCGAGAUACAUCAAGGAGAGAUUCAUGCGGGCACCAAGCACAAGUCGGCAUCUGACGCUCACGGCCGCGGUAGCGAUGGGAGUCUGGAUAUUCGCAUCAAUGUCGAGAUUGACCAACACAGUGCCGAGGGUCAAACACAGGCGUAUGGAUUAAGCGUUCCAUUGCUACACUAUGAGAGGCCCGCGACACCAGGCUCAAGACCCAUGACAGGCCAGUCAACGCAAGCGGUGGCUUAA